AUGGGUCGUGCUAAAUUAAAGAUGGAAUAUAUUGCAAACAAGAAAAAUCGGAAGAAAACUUACAGCGAAAGAUUGAAAACAUUGAAGAAGAGUAUUUAUGAGUUCUCUGAGUUAUGUGGUGUUGAUGCCUGUAUGAUUGUUUAUGAUCCAGAUCAAGGUAAACCUGAGAUAUGUCCUAGAAACAUGAAUGAAGUUCAAAGAAUCACCAAACGGUAUAUCCAAAUUCCUAAAGAAAAACGUGAUAAACUAAUCUUGGAUGAUAAGAAAAAAGAGAAGACUCGUGAGUAUGAUGAAAUGCCUAUGUCAAGACAGGUGAAUGGAUUUAGUAUCAAACAACUUGAACAGCUCCAUAGCAAAUUGGGAUCCAAAAUUGAAACUUUAAGUGAGAAAAUUCAGUCCAUGGAUGGAGGAGGAGCAGGGAUGUCCAAUGAAGCCCCACAGAAAGAAUACCCUUGCUAUAAUCCAGAGAGAGCUUCUGAUCAUGAACCCACUGUUGUUGGAGCAGUUGCUAAGAAGGAUGCCGGCGCGGCUCAGGAUGUCGAAACUAUUGUUGGAGAGGCUGAAGCGACCGUUGAGGGUGUUAUUGAAGCGGCCAUUGGAGAGGGCGCUGGAGCAAAUGUUGGAUCUAUUGGAGAGACUGCUGAAGCAAGCUUUGGGGAUAGCGCUGGAACAGGCUUUGGAGAUGUCAUUGGAACAUGCUUUAAAGAUGGUGUCAAGUCUGCUGCUGAAACUGCUUCUAGAGAGGAUGCUAACGCUUCUGUUGAAAUGACUUCUGGAAGGGAUGCCUGA